AUGCAGUGCAGACCGGGUGAGGGGGAAGCAGAGAGGGUCAAGGUUGGGCAGCAGCGGGAAGGCCGGGUCCGGCAGUCCGUGCUGUGCGGCAGCCAGAAUAUCGUUCUCAACGGCAAGACAAUAGUUAUGAACGACUGCAUCAUCCGUGGUGACCUGGCAAAUGUGCGGGUUGGACGGCACUGCGUGGUGAAAAGCCGCAGUGUCAUUAGACCGCCCUUCAAGAAGUUCAGUAAAGGGGUGGCUUUUUUCCCUCUCCACAUUGGUGACCACGUUUUCAUAGAAGAGGACUGUGUUGUCAAUGCAGCCCAGAUUGGCUCCUAUGUCCACAUAGGCAAGAACUGUGUCAUCGGUCGCAGAUGUGUUUUGAAAGACUGCUGCAAAAUCUUAGACAACACAGUACUACCUCCUGAAACAGUAGUCCCACCUUUCACAGUCUUCUCGGGCUGCCCAGGACUCUUCUCUGGGGAACUCCCGGAAUGUACCCAGGAACUCAUGAUUGAUGUUACGAAGAGCUAUUACCAGAAGUUCUUGCCACUCACUCAGGUGGCCUCUGCCAGGGUCUAAAACCAAGUCGCCACUGAAGAUCUCAAACACUCAGCACUGUUAACAUUCCUUAGAUUUGGCCACUUUAUCCUCUCCUCUGAAGCAUCCCUCUGACCCGGGCUCACCUCUACGCCUCUGCCAGCUCUGGAAAGACGGAGCCUCAGUGGGUUGCAGCGUGCAACUACAGCCCCGGGGAAUUACAGCUUUCUGACGGCAACGUUCAGUCUAGCACAGCGCAAUAAAACGUGACUUCCGAGGGAGGGCUUUGCUGCCUAGCCAGAGAGGAGCGGUAGGUGCCUGGGGAAGCAUGCCCCUUGGGGAGGGAAAUGCCUUCUUUCAGGAAUCUUGUACAAACAGUGAUCACUUCAAACACUGAACUGCUGUAUUGCUUCACUGGUCCUAUGCGCUUUGCUCCAGUUUACCCUGGCUGGGUGCCAGUCACUCGUAGGGCAUGGGGAGCCCUCUGGAGUGGCCAGCAGGGUCUGCAGGGCCCUUCUCACCUUCACCGUGCCCACUGUGGGCUGCGAGCGGUGCUGGGCUGGGCACAGAUGGUUCCUCGGGGUCGCAGCUGCUCAGCGUAUGGCGCGGGGAAGAGCCGCUGCCAGCGAGGGGCUGGGCAGGGAGGUGACGAGGUCACCGGCUGGGCAGAGGCCACGUCUGCUUUUCGUGGAGCAGAAUUUCCCGAGAUUGUCUGGCUCCACCAGGGGAAUAACAGCUUAACUGUUGGCUGCACUGGACUCUGCAAGCCACCCUGGUGCGACCGAUGGCUUGCGUCGAUAGCUGAUGGCUAGCUGGGUGCCAUCUGCACCCCUGUGGGUCCAGCAGGCUGCAAAGGCCAGCGCUGCCUGUUCUUUGUUAGCCAGGCCUGAAAGAAGCUGCUUUUGUCAGUGGGGCAGGGAAGCCAGGUGAGGGCAAGGCCCUGUCCUCAGCCCGGCAUUGGUAGGGUGGGACCCGGCGAGCCCGGGGGGAGAGGGCAGCCCGGG